AUGCCGAACAAUGCUUCCAUGUUGAACUCUCUGGCUCACGUCAUUCAUCUUCUUCCUCCUCCUCAUUACAGGACAGCAAAAGCAUUGUUCCUCCAUUUGAACUUCAUGUCGUUGAAAUCCUCCCUGACCUGCAUGGAUUCCAGGAACCUCUCCAUCGUCUGGGCACCCAACAUUUUGAAUUCGAAUUUUGAGGUGAUGAAAUGCGAGAACAUGUUAGUGAUAUCAAAUCAGCAGGCUGCGAUUGUCGAGUGCAUCAUCAGCAAUGCACAGUUCAUAUUCAAAGAAUUCAGCUCCUCUGAUCUAAGCGACGUCAGCCAAUCACCAACUCUGCAGCCCAAACAUCAGCGUCAACAGCAACAAAAACAGCGCCAACAACAACAACAGAAACAUCUACAUCCACCAAAUUCUCCCGCAAAAUUAAUUUCUCUUGAGGAGGCACAAAAACUUUUUGGGGGGUGUGUCGUCGAUGAGGCCAACCCUAGAAGGUGUGGGCCUACGGCGAAUUUCAGACAUAGGGCUUCCGUUGAUGGGGUGGAAGGGGAUGCAGUUUUCACGGACUUGGGAGUGACGGGUAAUAUACAUGCCGUUAUUGACCCGCCUAAAAGAAUUUCAAAAAUGAAAGGCUUCAAAAGUUUCCAAGAUCUCUCAAGUAAGAUCGUGCCAGUGGAGGACAAGUGCGGACUGUACUCGAGCAUAGAUGAGGUGACCAAACAUCCAGUGUACCAUUCCUUCGAGGAAAACCUCAAUUAUGGCGAUGCAGGAAACGAGAAUGAUGACGACAAUGAUGAUGGUGACGGAAAGAGUGAUUUCGUUCCUCUUGAGUCCAACAAAAAAGCAUCAAAGUCUAGAAAUUCUAACAGUAAGAUGAUGAUGAUGCCGAAAAAGUUUAGCGAAUCUGAUUCUUAUCUCGUUGAGGAUUUUCACGCUAAUGCUAGUGAAAAAGCGCCACCAGCGACCACGACUGUCGUCACGACUGCCAAAACGAAUGUUAGAUCGUCUUCUAUUAAGACUGCCUUGAAGCCGACAAUUUUGGCAGCCACAACAACUACUCCUGCAACAACGACGACAGCUGCCGCAACCUCGAAAUUUGGCAGAUUAAACAGUGUGAAGAAUUUGUUUUCAAAAUCAAGCCACACUGCCGAUAGCACAAGUAAGCAGCCGCAGAAGCUACAGCAGCAGCCACAACGGCAACAGCAACAGCAAUUAGUGGAAAACAUAAAGGUCCCUGAGAAGACUGGGAAGGACCUAGUUAGAAAUUCGAAAUUUGCAGUUGAAGACAUCAGGGCCAGACGCAUGAAUCUAGUCUCGCGACCAAAUACUCAGAUGUUUUUCAACGAACCAUCGUCACAGGCUGGAGAAUCGUGUGCCGCAGCAUCGCCUGCAACAAAACAGCAGAGAUCCAGUUUAGAGCAACUCGAUCCACUACAAGUAGAUGACCAACAACAACCACAAUCUCAACAGCAACAAUUUUCGCAACAAAUCCCGUUGCAACAACAAAAACUACAACAACAUUAUCAGAACAUAGUGAGACUUCAGCAGCAGCAGCAACCAAAUCAGCCAGCACCACCACAGCAGGAGCAGCAGCUACCACAAACAUCACAACAGACCACACCACCGGCUGCAAUCAUGACAACAUUCAAACCUGACGCAACGACAUCUAACGAUAAAUUCCAGGUUAAAGUUUCAACAGCUAACCAACAACCGACUGCAACAUUAUCAAAAUUAUCAACAACAACCACGAAAGAAACGUCAGACGAUGCGAAUCUCACAACAAAACCGAAGUUUCAACCACCGAGAAAAUUGACCGACGAAUCGCUAGUUGACAAGAAAUAUCUAAAUGGAAACACCGCACAGCAGCUGCAACAGCAACAGCAAUCUAAACUGUCGAGACAGCUGCCAACUGAAAGAAAUAAAACAUUCAGUCCAUCGUCUGCAAUGAAGCCAACAGUUUCAUCAUCACUGAAACAGAAGCCCCUCAUAAACCCUUGCAGCAGCAGUUCGACAACGCAGGACCCAUCCAAGAAAAGGUUUUCACAUUGUUCAUCCCCCACAACAACAAAUCUAUCACCGACCAGCCUAUCAACAGCAUUCUUUCCAGCCACUUUCGAAACCACAUCAUCGUCAACUGUUCUCGCGACAAAACUUCAGCUGCCGUGUGACGUCAUCGAAUCGUCCCUCAAGAAGAUGGAGAUGUUUUUGAGUGGUGGUGAGGAAGAGGAGGAGGAGGAGGAGCGUAGGAACAAUCAACUAGCAUCGUCGUUAACAGCAUCCUCAUUUAGAGGCAGCGUGGAUGGGGAUGGCGUUGGAGAGGCGACUUCAAAGACAGCAGCUCAGCAGACUGGUGGUAGCACUGUCGUCAGGGAUGUUUUCAAAGUUAUUCCUGCCAACAGUUUAAGAUGUAAAAGUCCACAGAAACUUGCGCAAACCACAAAAACUUCGAAAAUGAGGACGAGCGCACCGUGGCGUGUGGAUGUGUCCCAUCAAAAUGAAGGAGCUGACGCUGCUGGGGUCACCCUGGUGGCCAUCAAUAAGCCGUCCACACCCUCCUUCCUCAGCAAGAACCAGCCAGCCGACGUCCAAUCAAAACAAACCAUCAUGGAGGAACUCAUUAAGUGGAAGGAAAACAAAAUGAACUCCAACCAAGCGGACGAUAACUCCUCAAAAAAUUUCGCCACUCACAAUGCAAGCAGUGUUAGUAGCAAGGAUGAUAUCAGUUCUAAGGUAGGUCCUUACAAGCCAUCAGCAGUCGAUGGUAUAUAUGGCUCGUCGUUGUUUCAGUCGGGUGCGUACAACAUCUCAACCGGAAGUAGCGCUGUUGAUGUCGCUGAUGUUGGCUCUCCCAUUAAAAAUAAAAAUACGAGCAGAGUGUAUGCAGUUGCCGUCGACAACAUCGCAAGCAUCGGCAGCAACUUGCAAGUCAACCUCUUCAAAAACUCGGGAAUUGUUGGGCUGUCCGGUAGAGAGGAGCGUGGGAAUGAUCUCGUGAAACAGUUGAGAACCGAUCGUGGUCGUGUAAAUCCGAUCCAACAAUCGAAUUCCAGAUCUGCGCACUACGAAUUCGUUAGACCGAAGACAAUUAUGUAUAAUCAAAAUAACUGCGAACUGGAGGAGUUGUUAUACUCGCCGAGUUACAACGUAAGUGGGCACAGUAACGAAAUGUCCGCUUCCGCUGAAGAUUUCGAAAAAGUUCAUUUUGUGGAAAACAUUAACAACAAUUUCAAUCCUGAAUUUGACCAGCUGAACAGAAACAACAACAACAACAGUAAAGGUAACAUAGCGUUUCAGAGCAACUCACAACAUGAUUACGAUAACGUUUUUCUCGGCUGCAACAAUGAUUUUGACGACUCGACUGACAUCAUUCGAAGCAUCAACAAUUGUAAAUAUAACAGGCGAGCACGUGACGAUACGAGUAUACAGUUUACAAAUUUACAUAAAAAUAAUUAUAAUAACAUUUUGAACGACAACCCUAAAAAUCCUGUCAGGAAUAAAGCUAACAACGUCAUCACUUUCACCUCAUCAAACAACAGCUUGUUCGACGCAACAAACCACGCGAAACACUUCGCACAUCAACAAAACGCGUGCAACAGAAACAACAACGGCAACAACGCCUAUCACCACAUAAACACAAACCAAAGUAGCUACAACCAAACUGAUUCACGCAUGGUGUCCAAAGAAGGCUCGCUAACCAGCAAAAGCUUUAGUAACGAUGAUAUCUUAGCCUUGAAAGAUGACGGUCAAUUGGUGCUACCCUACAAUAACUAUCACCAACAACAACAAUUUAAUCAGCAGAGCAGACAUCAACAACAACAACAGCAGCAGCACAGCCGAUCCGUCGGUAUGCAACCGAAACCGGUCCAUCAUAAUCACGGAUCCGAUCCAAUCGGUAGAGGUACAUCUAGUGUAGUGCCUUACUCCUUUCUAGGUAGUAAUACGGAUAAACGUCAGAAUCGAAUCUCGUCGGUUUUUGUCCAACCCAUCAACCCGCCAAUCAAAUCGUACAAUCAAAACAACAACAACAAUUUUGUUAACAGCAAUGUUAAUAUUAACAACUCCUCGUACAGGAUCGACAACAAUUUUAAUAGAUUUGCCAUGCAGAAUAGCGGAAAAUUCCUAUCACAGAGUUACAACGGCAGGCAAGCCAGUUUUUAUGAUAAGGACGAUGUAGAUGGACAGAUAUAUUUCACCGAUGACGACAGAUAUAACAACAAUUACUACUACAACAACAAUAGCUUCAAUAACAUCAACAACAUUAAUAACAACAUCAAUAACAGUAACGUCAAUUACAUUAACACUAAUAACAACAGGUAUAAUCAUAAUAUUAUUAAUUAUAAUAUUAGUGAUGAUAAUAAUAAUAACUUAAAUAAUAAUAAUAAUAAUUAUGAUGGAAAAGUUUCGAAAUACGUGACGAUUGUAAACGUCGAAUCUGACAGUAGUGUACAUGGAGGUGGCUGUGAUCACGUCAGGAUUACUAAUCCGUCAUUGAUCUGA